UCUACACCCGAUAUUGCGAGAUUAUAUCAAUAAAUGAACAUGCAAAAUCAAAGGAGGAACUAGCUUUGCUUUCAAAGUUAGUUAACUCAAGAGGACAAUCAAGUGACAGGAAUGUGAUUUUUGAUGACCUUUCCAAGCUCAUGUCACUCCUAAACUUGACUGUAGAUUCUCAUUCAUUCACAUGUUUCUAUGGGUUUGUGUUUUUCAUUUGCCAUGAAAAUGGGCAAAAGGACAUCGAUGUAAGAAGGGCUGUAGCUAUGUGGAGAUUAGUUUUGACAGGAAGGUUUCAACUUCUUAACCAAUGGUGUGAAUUUGUUGAGAAACAUCAUCGGCAAAAUAUUUCUGAGGACACUUGGCAACAACUUCUACCAUUUAGCAGAUGCAUAGAUGAGUUUCUUGAAGGAUAUGACCCUAAAGGUGCUUGGCCUAUUCUCAUUAAUGAAUUUAUUGAGCAUAUGUACAGAAUAACUCAAUCCAAUAGUUGUAGCACACGGAACAUUUCCGGUGAUUGUGGUGAAAUGGAAACACGACCAUGCAUACCUGGUUCAUAUGCUGGACUGAGAGUGCUUCCUGGUAUGAAGAGGAAAUCUCUUGCCGCUAUCGAUGGAAAUGAAGCACUGAACUCUUGGAACUCGAUGAAAUCAGAGCAUUUCUCAAAAUGCCAGCGUAGCAGGCAGAUUCCUGUUUUUGACAAACAGGUCUCCCAGGAAACCAACUCAUCAGAUGAUCAUGUGGAAGUGAACAAACACAGUCAGCUAGGUCGCUCAAACAGUUUGUCGACAAAUAUGAAAGAUGGGUGA